CUGCGCUUGGCCAGCCCCACCUGCUCCCAGCUCUAUGCAAACUGCUGCUUCCUGCUGUCUGUGAGAUCCCUUUUCUUCUGCCACAGAGCGAGUGAGCUAGAUCCUCUGCAGCGCCGGGGGCACAGCCGGUCCCUCCGCAGCCGACGCCGCGGACACAGCCGGUCCCUCCACAGCCGACGCCGCGGACACAGCCGGUCCCUCCACAGCCGACGCCGCGGGCACAGCCGGUCCCUCCACAGCCGACGCCGCGGACACAGCCGGUCCCUCCACAGCCGACGCCGUGGACACAGCCGAUCCCUCCACAGCCGACGCCGCGGACACAGCCGAUCCCUCCACAGCCGACGCCGCGGACACAGCCGAUCCCUCCACAGGCGACGCCGCGGGCACAGCCGGUCCCUCCACAGCCAACGCCGCGGACACAGCCGGUCCCUCCACAGCCGGCACUGCGGGCACAGCCGGUUCCCGCACAGCCAGCGCCACGGGCACAGCCGGUCCCUCCACAGCCGGCACCGUGGGCACAGCCAGUCCCUCCACAGCCGGCACCGUGGGCACAGCCAGUCCCUCCACAGCCGACGCCGCGGGCACAGCCGGUCCCUCCACAGCCGACGCCGCGGACACAGCUGGUCCCUCCACAGCCGGCACCGCGGGCACAGCCGGGUCCUCUCUACCCAGCACUGCACAGGCACUGCCAGCCCCUCCCCAGCGAGCCCCGGAGCUGCAGCCGGCUCCCAGAUGGCCCAGAGCGUCGUUUAUGCCGACCUGAAGUUCGUGAAGGCCCCUGUGGGGAGCAGCGUGUGCUCCAGGGCGCGGGAGGCAGCGCCCGCAGACGAGGAGGAGGCAGAGCUCACCUACGAGAACAUCCAGCUGGCCCAGCCUGGGGAGGUGAGGCGGGGGCAAGGGGCGGAGCAGAGCAAAGAGCCGUGGUGGAGCACACGGUACCUGCCCCUUGGCUUGCUGGGGACCUGCCUCUUCCUCCUGGCCACCACCAUCGGCCUGGGGGUUCGCUACUGGCAGGUUUCCCAGCAUCUGCAGCAGGCGUCCCGAGCGCACGAGGCCGAGAGCAGCCACCUCUCCCAGCAAGUCAGCACCAAGGAGGCUACCCUGGUGCAGACGGCGAGGGAGCUGGAGCAGGCCAGGCAGGAGCUGGAGCAGGCCAGGCGGGAGCUGGAGCAGGCCAGGCAGGAGCUGGAGCAGGCCAGGCGGGAGCUGGGGCAGGCGAGGCAGGAGGAGAACAGCACCCAGGAGCAGCUGCGAGAGCGGGAUGCCGCAUUAGAGGGAACGAAGGAGGAGCUGGCGAGGGUACAGGAGGAGAAGAGAGAAAUUAAAGAGAAGCUGAACCAAAUGGAGAGCGCCCUGUCCAGCAUCCGCCCCUGCGAGCAGACAGGCUGCUGCCCGGCAGACUGGGUGUUGUACAGAGGAAAGUGCUUGUUCGUCUCGAAGGAGGAGAAGACUUGGGAAGAAAGCAAGAAAGACUGCGAAGGGAACUCUGCUCGGCUUCUUAUCACCAAAUCCUGGGACUCGAGGGCAAUGCCGAAUUUUCUGAAAAAUACUAAUGUCCAGUACUGGAUUGGACUAGUCUGGAAUAAGGAAUCAGAGUGGCAGUGGAAGUGGGUUGAUAACUCACGCUUUGAAGACCCACGCUACUGGAGCUACGCGCGUUACAGCCUUACGUCGUGUGGAGCAAUAAGAAAUGGCUUCAUAAACAGGGACUUGUGCUACUCUCCAAAGCCAUGGAUCUGUGAGAAGGCACCCAGCCAGCCCAGCCCAGCCAGACGUUGGUUUCCUUCGAGUCCCUAGAGGGACAAUCAGUGAGAGCCC